AUGCCUUUCCACGCGGCAAAGACGUGUCUCCGCACGGCGGGGAGGUUCUCAACCAACCCAGCAUCGAGCCAACACUUCCUUGUUCGUGCCUUUUCGAGCACAGUUGCUCGAUAUGAGAUCAACAAGGUGUACUCCUCCGCCAAAGAGGCCAUCAAGGAUAUGAAGUCCAACUCGACAGUGCUUGCUGGUGGAUUUGGCCUUUGUGGUAUUCCCGGCACUUUGAUUAAUGAGAUCCAUGCUACACCCUCCAUCACUGGCCUGACUGCUGUCAGCAACAAUGCCGGUAUCGAUGGAGCUGGAUUGGGCCUCCUGCUCGCCAGCGGACAGAUCAAGAAGAUGAUUGCCAGUUAUGUUGGAGAAAACAAGGCUCUUGAACAAAAGUACCUGUCCGGAGAGAUCGAGCUAGAAUUGACUCCUCAGGGUACGCUUGCAGAGCGCUGCCGCUCUGGCGGUGCAGGUAUUCCUGCUUUCUACACCCCAGCCGCUUUUGGCACUGUCGUGCAAACCGGUGACCUGGCAGUGAAGAACAACCCAGAUGGAACCAUCGCCACCUACGGAACCCCUAGAGACGUCAAGGUUUUCGAUGGCAAGAGCUACGUGAUGGAGGAAGCCAUCAAGGGAGACUAUGCCCUGGUCAAGGCCUGGAAGGCAGACAAGCUUGGAAACUGCCAAUUCCGAUACUCUGCAGCCAACUUCAACGGUGCCAUGGGUCGCAAUGCAAAGGUCACCAUCGUCGAGGCCGAGAAUAUCGUGGAGGUCGGUGAAAUUGACCCUGCUGCCGUCCACCUGCCCGGCAUCUACGUCAAGCGUGUCAUCCAGAGCACCGCCGAUAAGAAGAUCGAGAGACUCACCUUCGCCAAAGAGAAUGACGAUACUGCUGCUCUCGGUAAGGGUGAAACCGCAAACAAGAGAGAGCGUAUUGUCCGUCGUGCUGCCAAGGAAUUCAAGAACGGAAUGUAUGCUAACCUGGGUAUCGGAAUGCCCAUGCUGGCUCCCAGCUUCGUCGACCCAUCGGUGGAGGUACAGCUUCAGUCUGAGAACGGUAUUCUCGGCCUUGGGCCUUACCCUAAGGAGGGACAGCAGGAUGCUGACCUGAUCAACGCUGGCAAGGAGACCGUCACUCUCCUCCCAGGUGCCUCCAUCUUUGGAAGUGAAGAGUCCUUUGGAAUGAUCCGAGCCGGACGUAUCGACCUAACCAUCCUCGGUGCCAUGCAGGUCAGCGCCAAGGGAGAUUUGGCAAACUGGAUGCUUCCAGGUAAGGUCAAGGGCUUUGGCGGAGCCAUGGACCUCGUCUCCAACCCUACUGCCACCAAAGUUGUUGUUACCAUGGAACACACCGAUAAGAAAGGAAACCCCAAGAUCCUCAAGCAGUGUGAAUUCCCUCUCACCGGCCGAGCUUGUGUCAGCCGAAUUAUCACUGAGCUCUGCGUCUUCGACGUCGACUUUACCAACGGUCUUACUCUGAUCGAAUUGGCUGAUGGCGUCACCGUCGACGAAGUUCGCUCGAAAACCGAAGCUCCAUUCAAGGUGGCUGAUGAUGUUAAGCCAAUGUUGUAG